GUUUCCAUGGCGACUGGAGGCGCGGGGCCGGCUCCAAACAUAACGCGCUGUGGAAAACAUGCGGUUCGGGGGACCCCCCCGCAGUCCCCGACCGGGGCCGAGCCCCAAGAGGCCCCAGAGCACUCCAGGACACGUGCAGUUUGACGAGCGCCCCUGGAGCCCGCCUGGGAUUCCAGGACCCUCCAGGGCUUCGAGGGUUCGGGGCUCCACUAAGCCACGGCGCCGCGACUCUCCCAGGCGCGCCUGGCCCGCAGCCCUCCACCGCUGCGGGGGCCGCCUCUGGAAGUACCGGCGGCCGCCUUCUCCCGAAGCUCGCUGCUCUGCCCACCGCCGUCGGACUGCUUCUCCGGCCUCCAGAAGCCGCGCCUCCUCCAGGGCCUCCCCGGGGCCCCCGCCCAGCGCUAUCGAAGGGGCGGGGGCCGAGGGCGGGUCCGCUACGGAGAGUGCAGAAGUGUGCUGGGAGUCGCUUCCGGGGCAGAGGGCGGGCAAGAUGGCGGCGCCCAUGGAGCUGUUCUGCUGGUCAGGGGGCUGGGGGCUGCCGUCCGUGGACCUGGACAGCCUGGCCGUACUGACCUAUGCCAGAUUUACUGGUGCUCCACUCAAAGUGCACAAGAUCACUAAUCCCUGGCGGAGCCCUUCAGGAACCCUACCUGCCCUUCAGACCAGUCUUGGAGAGGUCAUCUCAGUACCACACAAGAUCAUCACCCACCUUCGAAAAGAGAAGUACAAUGCUGAUUAUGACCUUUCCGCCCGGCAAGGAGCAGACACCUUGGCCUUCAUGUCUUUACUGGAGGAGAAGCUGUUGCCAGUGCUGAUACAUACUUUUUGGAUAGAUACCAAGAACUAUGUGGAAGUGACCCGGAAGUGGUAUGCAGAGGCUAUGCCCUUUCCUCUCAACUUCUUCCUGCCUGGCCGCAUGCAGCGCCAGUACAUGGAGCGGCUACAGCUGCUAUGUGGGGAACACAGGCCCGAGGACGAGGAUGAGCUGGAGAAGGAGCUGUACCAAGAAGCUCGUGAGUGCCUGACCCUUCUCUCUCAGCGCCUGGGCUCUCAGAAGUUCUUCUUUGGAGAUGCCCCUGCCUCCCUGGAUGCCUUUGUCUUUAGCUACUUGGCCCUGCUACUGCAGGCAAAACUGCCCAGCGGGAAGCUGCAGGCCCACCUGCGGGGGCUGCACAACCUCUGUGCCUACUGCACCCACAUCCUCAGCCUCUACUUCCCCUGGGAUGGAGCUGAGGUGCCACCCCCACGCCAGACACCAGCAGGCCCAGAGACUGACGAGGAGCCAUACCGGCGGCGGAACCAGGUCCUCUCAGUGCUGGCAGGGCUGGCAGCCAUGGUGGGCUAUGCCUUACUCAGUGGUAUUGUCUCUAUCCAGCGGGCAACACCAGCCCGGGCCCCAGGGACACAGGCCCUGGGUAUGGCUGAGGAAGAUGAAGAGGAAUGAUUCAGCCUCAUGCUCCCUGGACUGAUUUUUUUCUACCUUUAUGCAUUCCAGAGGCCCCUGUGCCUCCAUAAUUGUUACAGCCAGAAAUGGGGUGCCACCCCUGAGAAUAAAGCUGCUCACACAU